UAUAGUGUUACAUUAACAGAGUGCAAAUUCUUAUUUAAGAGUUAAAAAAUAUAUUGCUCCUAUUUUAAAAUUUUCUUUAUAUUUUACUUUUAUUUAUGAUGAUUUCUUUUUGUCCAUCAAUCAUCUUUAAGUAUCCCAAUUAAAGUAAGUGUUUUAAACUCAUGAUCUGGGUCCAUUCCGGUUAAUUACAGGGUCAAUCAUGAUUGUUCUCUAAUUGGGCCCUCUCUAUUACACUUGCUUGCAAGUUUGAGUGUUAAAACCGCAUACGGGUUGGGCCCAACUCAUUCUAAGCCCAUUAAAAUCACCCCCGUCCAAAAGCUGUUGGUAAGCCCUAAUUUGAUAAAUUUCACUAUAUAAGAACCGGGCCGCCGCUCAUCAAACCCUAGAGCGUAUUCAGAGCCGCCUGCCAUAUCACGACUGCCGGAAAAAUGUCGAUCUCCGAAAUUGCCUGCAGCUACGCCGCCUUGAUUCUGCACGACGACGGAAUCGCCGUCACGGCGGAGAAGAUCGCAACCCUUGUGAAGUCCGCCAAUGUCAACGUGGAGUCUUACUGGCCGAGCCUCUUCGCCAAGCUCUGCGAGAAGAAGAACAUCGAGGAUCUCAUCAUGAACGUCGGCGCGGGCGGCGGCGGCGGUGCUGUUGCUGUGGCUGCUCCCGCAUCCAGCGGUGGUGCCGCGGCGGCUCCUGCGGCUCCUGCGGCAGAGGAAAAGAAGGAGGAGCCUAAGGAAGAGAGUGAUGAUGAAAUGGGAUUCAGCUUAUUCGAAGAUUGAUUUGGAGGUCCACUUGUAUUCUCCUUCCAAGGUUUCUAUGUGUUUUUUUGCUUCAGAUGUCAGUUUUUUACCAUAGUUUUGAUGACUCUAUGCCUGAUCUAUUCUGUUCUAUGUUACUUUAUGCUUUUUUGUUGGAUGGUAACUUUGAAUUUAGAUUAUCUUGGUGCAAAAACAAAUGAAGUUUAGAUUUCUUCAUAUUUCUUCUCAAUUAGAUCCCUUUGGUUAAGGGUUCUUUGAUAUUCUGCGAAUGAAAUACUCCCAAAUUUGAGUCCCGA